AACACCAAAGCGAGGCCACCAAGAAAAACAAAAUUUGAGAGAAUUUUUCGACAGUGUUCAAUCAUUUAAGUUUUCUCCAUAAUUCCCCCCUUUGAUCUGCAAUUCCCCGCUUCUCUGAAUCCCUUUCUGUUAUCGUCUGUCUUUCAAGCUCAACAAAUUAGUGUAAAAAACAAAGCCUACACCAGGUUGGUUUUUGAAAGCCAGGUGAUCCAGAAUAGAGAUCCAGGUUUCUGUUUUUUUUAAAAUCAAUUAGUACACGGUUUUAAUCUUUAUCUUCAUCAGCUAAGAGGGUUUGUUUUUGUUCCCUCAAGGUUGUGUUUUUUUUCCUUCUAUCAAACUAUUGCCUGUUUUAGUUUUUGAAUAUGGCAGCAGCUAUAGAUAUGUAUAAUAGAAGCAGCAACUCGGUCUUUUCAGAUCCUUCUAGAGAAGAGUUAAUGAAAGCACUUGAACCUUUUAUGAAAAGUGUUUCAUCUACUACUCCUUUAUCUUCUUCUUUUUCCUCUUCUUUUUCAUAUUCUCAACUUCCUUCACAGCCUAGCAAGGGUCAUGGGUUCUUUAACCAUAACAAUCUGGUGAGUUUCGAGCAAACAGGUUCAAUCGGGCUUAACCAACUAAACCCUACCCAAAUCCUUCAAAUUCAAGCUCAAAUUUAUCAACAGCAGCUUGAUUCUAUGGUUCCAGCAACACCUGUUCAAAACAAGAGGCUCAACUUUCUUUCCCCGAAAGCUGUCCUUAUGAAACUUGUCUCCUCAACUCCUCCAAAGCCUGCAAAACUCUACAGGGGAGUGAGGCAGAGGCACUGGGGGAAAUGGGUUGCUGAAACCAGACUCCCAAAGAACCGAACCCGACUUUGGCUCGGUACUUUCAAUACAGCGGAAGAAGCAGCUUUGGCUUAUGACAAGGCUGCUUACAUGCUCCGAGGAGAAUUCGCCAGGCUCAACUUCCCCCACCUCAAGCACCAAGGAUCUCAUGUUUCCGGGGAAUAUGGUGGCUUCAAGCCUCUCCAUUCCUCGGUUGAUGCAAAGCUACAAGCCAUCUGUGAGAGCUUGGGGAAGACCUCUCCCGUUUCCGAUACAAAACCCAAGGUGAAGAGCGAGGAGAUCGAUCAGUCUCCAAGAUUAUCCGACCCUAAAGUGGAGAAUUCACUGUCAACACCAGAUUUAUCCGAUGAAUCAUUGGCAGGGUCUUCUUCGCCAGAAUCCGAUAUCACUUUCUUGGAUUUCUCUGAUUCAAAGUGGGAAGACAAUGAAAACUUCAGUUUGGAGAAGUUCCCUUCAGUGGAAAUCGAUUGGGAAGCCAUCAGGGAACUUUCUUGAGUCUUGAAAACAAAAUUACAACUACUAUCAUGUAAUCUUUUUCCAGUGUCAUUACUACUAUUAUCACUUGUAGCCUCUACAGUGAAAUUUUUGACAUUUGUAGAGCUGCUAAAGAGUUUUAAUUAGGUGUCAUGAGUUUAGAAUCUAUGUCAUGUCAAUAUGUUGUAACAGAGAUAUCUGCCUUUGUAGACUGGUCCUGCUGAUACUUUUUAUCCUAGCAACGGCCAUUGGAGUCCUUUGAAGUUAAUGUUUUAUUAAAGGUCCAG